AGAAACGAACGGCCACCAGUGACAACCGAGACGUUGCUUGUCUUGUCGUUCGGUUCUCGCUUCCCGUCGACUAAACCUCUCACCCUAAUUCGCUCGAGGUGGCCAUCUUCUUGUAAAUGAACGCGUCGAACCGACGACCAGCAGUGAAUGUCCCUCCAAGCUGCUCCACAAACGUUACGAGGGUAAUUCGGUUCCGAAACUAUAAUCUUCUUCCUUGAAAAGGUGAACAAGCAUCCGUGAAUCAUCUUUCGUCACAAUAUUCUUUUUGGAGCCGCUUAAAAGGGUAUUAGAGCGUCGAAGGAGUGUUUCGAGAAUCCUCGAGGAGUGCCCAAUCGUUCUUUGAGGGGGAGAAGGAGACGGUCGAAUCGAAAUCAUGCAGAUCAAGGAUAAAAGAGCGAUCGUGACAGGAGCUGCGAGUGGCUUGGGUCUGACCAUUAGCAGAGAGCUGCUGCGAAAUGGCGUCGCUAUGGUCGCCAUGAUAGACAUUCGCGAGACCCAUGGGAUGCAAGCGAUGAACACGCUGAACGCGGAAUUCGGUCGCAAUCGAGCUGUGUUCUUUCGUUGCGACGUCGCCAACAAUUCCGAAUUCGACGAGACCUUCAAGAAAGCUGUGAGCACGCUGGGCGGUCUGCAAAUUCUGGUAAACAAUGCCGGCGUGAUUAAUGAAAGCGACUUCGCAAAAGCCAUCGACGUGAACGUGACCGCCGUGAUACGCGGGACGCUUCUAGGAAUACAACAGAUGCAAAAGGACGCCGGAGGCAAGGGUGGCGUUAUCGUGAACGUUUCGUCUGUGGCUGGUCUCUGCUCGUUAUCGCAACUUCCGGUGUAUUCGGCCACGAAACACGCAGUGGUUAGCUUCAGCCGUUCGUUUGCUCAACCCUAUCACUAUCGGAGGACAGGCGUCAGGAUAAUAGUCCUGUGCCCCGAAUUCCAGCCACUUUCGAACGAUCUUCCGGAGGGAGAACCGAUAAAUAAAUACCAACCGCAGAAGGUGGACAGCAUCGCUCACGGGCUCGUUUACGUGAUCAGGUGCGCGCAAAAUGGAAGCGUCUGGAUCAGCGAGGACGGGAAGCCCGUUUACGAGAUCCAGAUGUGCGACAGUCUGCCGCAAAAAUCCGACGAUCUCGAGAAUAGUAUAAAUACCAAAGUAGAAGACCAUACGAGCUUCAGUACGCCGGGACACGUUGACCCUCCUCGUGACACUUCGCCUCUGACCAAUCUAUCACUCGUGCUUCCGGCUCGUCGCAAACUCCUCCGAAGAGAAAUGGAAAGAAACACUGGUAACAGCACACGCAGAAGUUCCUCCUCGUCCGACAAGGCGAAGGAAAUGGAAGCGAUAAACGGAGUCGUUUCUGGUAAGAACGUUCUGAUCACUGGCGGUGCUGCCGGUUUGGGGCACGCGUUCCUCAAUCACUUCUUGAAGCACGGCGCAAACAGAAUAACUAUAUUGGACGUCGACGCGGAGGCUGGUAAAAGGAUAGAACUGAGCAUAGAGAAGUCCUGCGGAGAGAAGAAGGUGCAUUUCAUUCACGCCGACGUGUCCAACUACGAACGAAUGACUGAGGCUUUCGCAGAAGCUGUAAGACUGAUGAACGAUAUCGACAUUGUUGUGAACAAUGCUGGUAUACUGGACGAACGAAGAUGGGAAAAAGAAAUAGCAGUGAAUAUUGGAGGAAUGAUUUCCACAGCGUUACUGGCCGUGAAAUACAUGAGCAGAGAGAAUCUUGGACACGGCGGAACUUUGGUGAACGUGAGCCAACAGAUAGACAUCAGAAGCACGGCCCAACUUCCGGUUUACACGGCGACCAAACACGCCAUCAUCGGUCUCUCCCAAUCUCUCGCUGACUCUUAUCAGUACGAGAAGACCGGUAUCCGCGUGAUAACUCUGUGUCCAGGCUUGACAGAGACGGCGCUCACGGUGGACAGUCCGAACAAAUUACUCUCCAGGGUCAUGAAGGCGGAUUUCGUAAAGAAUCUUGAGCAAUUCUCGAUACAAACGCCUUACGUAGUGGCUCAAGGUCUGAUGUCGAUACUGAGGAUCGGUGAAUCCGGUAGCAUAUGGGUCGUCGAGAACGGUCGGAGUCCGUACGAAGUUUACGUACCGAAUCCGCGCACAUUGCGUCGCACUUACAAGAACAAUUUCACGCUCGUCGAGACCAAAGUGACGACGAGAGGUCGCCCGAUAAGAGAGGUCUGCGACAACACGCGAACAGGUCUGAUGAGCUGCGCUUGACAAAACGACCGCGGGACGUCUCGGUUACGAUCGGGAUAUUCCCUGCCCUAUAAGAACGCCAGAAACGUCGAGGUCGCUGCACGUUGAACGUCAGGAUUUGCAGGGUUAAUUGGCAAUCUUUGGAAAGUUGUCAAAGGACGACCGGAAGUUACAAACACAAGGAAAUAGUCAAGCCUCAAAAUCUUCGAAGGAAUUCGGAGAUUUUUGCGUAUCCGAAGCUUUCUAUUCCGAGCACCGAUGUCUCGAAAAUUACGUAUCAGACAUGCAACAUAUGAAAUGUUCGUUUUUUCAUUCGCUCGAAAUAAAUAGGCUUCUACUUUUUACCACAACGAACAGAGAAAAGAGAAAUUUUAAUAAAACAUUGAUCAAAUGUUUCUGCGGUAUAUAAAGUUAACGAAAGGUCGAUGUUUCGUUCUGAGGCUUGGCUACCCCCUUAAACCGCGCAGAUUGAAGAAAGAAAUUUAAGCUAUACUGCUUGAUAUUCUUUAGUAAUUGAUAUAGCGUAAAGCAGGCAUGUCAAACUUAUUCUGAUCCGAGGGCCAAUUUAUUUUACAGCAGUUAAAACUAUUUCAAAUGCAAAAUUCUUUUAUUAAUCGAACGGAUCGAACCGAUCAGAAAAACAGGCCGGACCGUGUGUUUGACGUGCCUGGUGUGAAGUAUUUAUACGCGUGCAUAGACAUCGCACUUUGUACAUAAAUCAACGCCAUCACAUUCAAUGUCACAAAGAUUAAAACUGAAAAUAAUUAUAUUUUUAUAUAUGAUCGUGUCUCUUUUAUUUCAAACUUUUUAGUACUGUCAAUUUACAAGUAUUUAUGUCGAACAGUUCUUCAUACGAAAAAUCAACGAUAAUUGACAAAUACUUUUGGACAAAUCUCACUGUGUAAUUGGUGGGCUUAAAGAGUACAAUAAACGUUACUUUUAUUAUUUCAGUAUUAUUUCAGCAUUGGGAAUUCACAAUAUUCGCUGUAAAAAACAAAAAUUUAUUAUCGGAAAACCGCAUACAGCGUGGAUUCUUCAAACACGCAAUGCAUAAAACUUAAAAGUUAAUUUUUUUUUUUUUGUUUUGUCUUACCCCCAUAUUCCUUACUUUUACUUAUCUUUAUUCAUAUAUGCAUUCUUUUUAACUUUACGUUGCAACUUUACUGAUAGCUUAUGGAGGUUUCCUUCGACUCACACGUAACUAAAUCUCAUGUUAUGUAUGUUUAUAUCUGUAUACGCUUGGGACUCCAUACGAGUCCAUAAGAAAAUAACAGUCGCAAAUAAUAUACCUAUUCUGCCUUUCUUUUUUUUUUUUUGCGUCUUAUAUUUUUAAGGACAUUAUCAUGCUUGUAGAGUCUCACUCGCGUAACACUAUCCGCAGUCUGCGCACAGCAUUCUCGUACAUUAAACGAUUUCUUCGAAACUCGAAGCUAUUAAAUGUAGUCGGAACUACAGGAAGGCAUUCGCACUCUCAUUUUCACUUAUAUCUAACAUACCACGUUCAAUAUUUCAAAAACUAAUAGUCAAUAAAUCGAUGUACGAUUCGGCUUCGUUCGCCUACCUCUAUGAACCAUACAAAAUCAAUUUCUGCCAUUUUUUUUUGUUUUUUUCUUUUUUUUUUCCUUUUUUCGUUUUCUCUCUUCAUAAGGAACAAUUUAAUGUUCCUGUUCGAAAAUCAAAACUUCCCCGGUAAAUAUACGAGUAAAAUAAUUAUUUCACCUUCACCCGCAUAUAUCGGUCAUCAUCUUAAAUAAAUAAAGUUUUGACUUUU